UAUGCCAGGGCAUGCUUCGAAUUCAUUGCAGACAGACGUUCAACGGUCUUCGACGACGCAAGACCAGAUCAGUUCAGAUCAAGAUCAGUGGCCCGGUGGCAUGACGCGAUCAAAAAUUUACAAAAGUACCUAAGCUAUAGCAACAACACUCUAAAAUAAUACGAAUGUGUAUAAGGAAAAUAACAUAAAUGAAGAUAUAACAAAAAAAGUAAAAAAUAAUAUAAAAUAUCAACAAAAACAGUGAUCAGUGAUCGCAUUUGAUCGGGAGUUCGUUUUGUCUUACAUUUGUUUUUUUUCGCCCGAUUCAUUAUUUCUUUGUUGGGUGCCUUUAUCUUUGUUUAUUUAAUGCCAACACACAUUUUCCUUGUUUUCCAUUGUUGAUUAAACUAGAUUAUAAAUGAAACAAAAAUUAUAAUGCAUAUAUAAAAAAUGUAACGUGAGUAAAAUAAGAGUGCAGAAAACGAAAAGUAGAUAAAAUUGUUUGAAAGUGAAUAUUAACCAAAAGUAAAGCGAAAAAUAUUUGAAAAUAUGUAAUUCAUAUUUAGUGAAAUGUAAAACCGAUGAAAAUUCAUAAUUUGUGAAAAAUGUGUCAGCUGUAAACAAUGUGGUAUUUCUGAGCUUUCUGCUGCAAACAAUUAUACGGUGUUUUUAACGAAGUUCUCCGAGCCAAUGUAGGUAUUUGUUGCAAAAUCGCAAGCAAAAUUAUACAUAUAUCCGCACCUAAUCGGCAGAGAGUGAGUGCAGCGAAACAAAAUGUGCUUAAAUCUGAAUUCGGGCUAAUUUCUUCUAAAAUUAAAAAUUAAUGUGAUUAACAAAGGCAGCACAGCUUUCCGAAAGCCCCAUAAAAACAUUAACCUGCCGGGAACAAAUAUAACAACUACAACAAUAAACUCAACUCCUAAGUGAAGACACCGCCUUUCAAAAAAGGAGUGAUAAUGAUUAUUUCUAAAGAUCUUUUCAUAUUCGGCGAACAAAUUUUUGCAACAAUUAUACCAGAAGGCGGAUCGUCACAGGCCGCACAACUACAGCACAACCAGGCGGUAACGCAGCAGCAGCAGCAACAACAACAGCAAGAAUUACAGUCACAGGAACAACCACACCAUCUGGCAAUUAUUAAUACAACAACAUUCACGACCAACGUCGAGACAGCGACACAAAUAUUGUCGGCAGUGAAUGCAGUUAGCGCCGCAACAACAAUAACGACACCAACAGCCCCACAAACGAAAGCAACUACAGGCCCAACGACCAAAGUGAUCGGAGGAUCGUUGGUAGUAGCAGCGGCACCAGCAAAAACAACAACAACAGUCUUCCAAGCAGCUGAACCCACCGUUCACGUUGAUGCGAAGUCGCAUAAGAAUACGAAUGCGAAAUUGCGAAAAGUCCCAAAGGAAGUUGAGCUAAAGUGCACACAUCACUACCAUAAACCGCAACAACAACAAACGAAAACAAGAAAGAGGGAAAGCCAACAAAAGGGCCAAAGCGGUGGCGAGAACGACUCCAUGGCAAAUAAAAUAAACUCAACUAGCACGGGAAAGCAGCAACAACAACUGCAGUCGCAGUCGCAGCACGAAACUUUUGUGAGUGGCUUUAGUGCAACUUCAGCAUCAGCUACAACAACAACAGCAACAGUUGCAAUACCAACAACACCAAAAACGGCGACUGCGAGAGCCGCACCAGUUUUGCCGGCUUCAGUAAUUGUUCAAUUGGAGGAAGAAACUAGCGCCGAAAAGGAACCAUUAGUGAAGAGAAACUUUGCGAAAAUAAUUGCAACACCAGCAAUAAGUACAUUUACAGCUGCAACGGUGGGCACAGGAGAAGCAACCGGCACGGGAAUAGGCAACAGCACAACUGCAAUAGCGGCCAUUGAUGAAACAAAUCAGACAAACGAUUUCAUAACAACACACAUACACGAAGUGACGCCAUUGCUGGCGGGCGAAUGUGUUGAAUUGCAAAUGCAACAACACCAACAAUUACAAAAGCAAGAGCAUACAAUCACUGAACAACGUCUACAACUCCACCAACGAUCGCCAUUACCGUCUCUGCCCUUGUCACCGCCAGAGGACAUCGAUCUGGUGGGCACCGACGAGCUACCAUCCGCUUCGACUGCGACCACUACGCCACCAGCAACCACAACAACAGCAACAAGCGUCGCUACUUCCGAUCGCAGCAGUUACGCCACGGCUGCUGUUGGCGAGCCACCUUUUGCCGGACACAGUUCAAGUCUCAACUCCGACGAGGACCUGCCAUCGUUGACAACAACAGCAACAACAACAACAACAGCCACAAUGAGCAAAGUAAUUUUGGACAACAACACAAGGUUGGUAACAUUAUUGCACAUUUUUUAUUAUUGUUCUUAUUUCCUGUUUACGUGCAGCUGA